UAACACUCACUGUGGCGGGAAAAUUAAGAGUUGGUCGGAGGGGCAAAUCAAUGGAGAAAUACUUGGUUUCGCCGGAAUCGUCGCCGGAAAAUUCUAAAACUACAGUCAGGCGGCCAUGGAAACGAUCUUUAAUCGAAUUGAACGGACGAUUAGAGUCAGCUUAUCGACACGAACUCUAUACUCUCGUUGCUCAUUCCUACUCGGAGAUUGGGAAAUUUUCUCACCUUUAUCAUGUGAACGACGAGCCAUGCCGAACCCAUAUGGUGGAGAUCCAUCACCAGCAUUCCUCGACACCUCCAAUGCGAGGCGUUGCAGGAAUUGAGUUUGAUAACCAGGGUAUAUACAUAGUGUCAGUUACAGAAUCAGGAUGCUUGACGGUGCAUGACUUUGAAACUCUAUAUUGCCAGAGUAAGGUUGGCCCAGGUUCUGCGGAAGAUGAAAGUAAGCAUGUUGUGCAUUCGUCUUUUCGUCUGGGUUUCGAUGUCGCUAGAUGGAAUCCUUCAAACCAGAAUGAGGUAGCUUGCACAUCGAGGAAACAUGAUAAAGUGCUUAUCUUUGAUAUCAGUUACAUGUCUCCCAAACCAACUGAGGAAUUGCAAACUAGACAGAAGCUCUCGAUUAUUGGCCGCAAAAUUCUUAGAGGUUUAUCUGAUGUUGCCAUUAGUACUGAUGACGAUUCAAGAAUAUUUUCUCCAGAUACACUUGGUAUGGUUCAUGUGUGGGAUAGAAGAGCAGGCGUGUCACCAUGCAUUGAACUUUCAACAAACAGAUAUGAUUCAAUCAAGAGUAUUCAGAUAUAUGUGGAUAAUCAGACUAUUUUUGGAGCUGGUAAAGAAGGAAUCAUUCAUAUAUGGGACCUUCGUGGCGGAAGAAGCUCUUCUGCUUUUCAGAGCCGCAAAGAGAUGAGCCACUUGCCUUUAGCAUCUCUACAUCUUGCACCGAUGCUGCAGAAGAUUCCAUCUCUUAAGGCACAGUCAGAAAUUGUUCCCAAGGAAAUCCAUUCCAUCGAUGUAAACCCAUCAUCUCCUCAUCAACUUGCAUUUCACCUUGACGAUGGUUGGUCCGGUGUUCUUGACAUAUAUAAAUCUGAAGUUACUCAUGUACAUUGCCCUCCUCCAGCUUGGUUGGAUGGUUCCAACAGUUCAGCUGAUUUAAUAUUGCGGAAAGCAUCAUGGCUGCCAACAUCAUCUAUUUAUGUGGUUGGGUCCAUGAGCGAGAAAGGGAUUCAUGUUCUUGAUUUUCAUCCAAGCUCCAGGUCUCCUUGUCACGUUGACUACGAUGAGGAUUCACAGAGAAAUGAGAAGAAAGACAAGUGUAAUCACAGUAACAAGUUUGUUUCAUUGUCUGAAACUGUCACAGGUUGUGCUGCACAUCCUCUCAACGGUAUGAUCGUAGCUGGAACUCAGAAUUCGUCUUUGCUGCUGAUCGCGCAGAGGCAUUGCUCAUCUACAUCAGAGAAACUGUAGAAGGUGAAUUGUAACAUGUACGAGCUUGACUGAGCUUAGGCUGUUGUAACAUAGAAACCAUCCACGAGAUUAAGUAUGAAUAAUAUAAGUUUUGGUUAAAAAUGGGUGUUCCAAAAAGAGUAUACUCAUCAUCACAUUGAAAAUUAAUGCUCCAUUGUUUUA